AAAACCCAGAAACACUACUCUGAUGGCUUCGUCGUCGGGGAUUUCAAAUGGCUCGUUUGGUAUUGGGGUUUUCAUGGCAAUUUUGUGCUUACUUUUAUCGUUAUGGGAUCUCAGCGCCUUUGGUAAAACUUUCAUUACCUGUGUUUGUUUUUUUUUAAAUCUCUUCUUCAAUCUCUGCUUCUUCAGUUGUGCUGUUUGUUGGCUGUUCUUCCGUCUCUCUCUCUGAUUGUUUGAUCAUAUAGGAAUUAUUGACUGAUUAAUUUAUGUAUGAAUGGGACCAAGGGAGCUGAUUUCAAAUAUUACCCUUCAGAAUUUUUUUUUUUUUUUUGGGUUCGAUUUCAUUCAGUCAAAGUAGUUGAAUGGAGAUUGCUUGUUCUGUUUUGAAUUGAAUUUUAGGCAUAUAUAGCUUGUUUCUUAAUCUUGCUAUGGGUACAGGUCCAAGUUGAUGAAUUUAAUUAAUUAAGGCAUAUCGUACAUACAGGUUUGUGAUUUCAACUAUUGAUUAUGGCUUCCCUGCGUCUUGUUUCUCUCAGUGCUUGCAGUUUUGUGUUAUUUUUCCCAGAUUUUGUUGAUUUAUUCAAUUACCAAAAAUUGUUAACCACUUAUAAAGAGAUUUUGAUAGGAAUCUUGAAUUGCAUAUAAGAUGUAAUAUAUACAAUCUCAAGAUAAUACGGUAAUUAGUAAAUGGUGGUUUUGAAUUGAUCAUGAGAAUCUUGGAGUGGCGACUUCACGGAAUAUAGACUUUCUGCAAUCAUGUAUGUGAAGAGAGAGAUUUUUUUUAUUUUAUUUUUAUUUUUUAUCAAUACAUGAAUAGAGUUUAAUUAAUAAUUUCUUGUUAUGAUUUAUAUGAUGUACGUGAACGCAGAGGGUUUUAUUUUGUUCUUGUUCAUGUCUAAAAUCAUAAUUUUUAACAUGAGAAAUUCCUCGAGGGAAUCUGAACUUUUUGAAUUCAUGGACAUCCCCGUGCCAAGAGUUUGCUGAGGCAAGGUAAAUCAUCUUUGCUAUGAGUAACAGAAAUCUCUGUAUUAUAUCUAUUGUGGUUAAUACACAUGAUUAUUGUGUUUUUACAUUCCAUGUUACCAAACAGGUUGGCUUCGGUUUUAUCUAUAAAUGCACUUUUAAAAAAGCAGUUUACCAAACGCUUAGAAGAUUUAUUUUACAGCAGAUUAUUUCAUAGCUGAGUUUUUAUUACAACAGAUUGUUCACACACUUACUUGAUUGGUUUUGAUCAGGCGGAUUGUGGUGUACCCAAAGGGGAGCAAUGGGAAGCAAUACUUGUCCAUGUACUUGAAUGUUGCAGAUGCUUCAAAGUUACCAUCAGGGUGGAGUAGAUAUGCCGAAUUCACCUUGACUGUCGUUAAUCAAUUUAACAGCGACAAGUCGAUAACAAUAGACACUCAGCAUCAAUUCAGUGCAAAAAAAAGUGAUUGGGGCUUUACAUCAUUCAUGCCUCUAAGUGAGCUUUUUGACCAGAAUGAAGGGUAUAUCGUGGAUGACAUAUGUAUUGUUGAAGCUGAGGUUGCAGUCAGUAAAGCUGACAUUAAGGUCCUAAAAGACCAAGAAACUGCGUUUCUUGAGCAGGAACUUCAGAGCCAGUCUUCAGAUGUGGAUUCUGUGAAAUAUUCAGAAUCUUCAACAGCACAUACAUCACUUUGUUAUGAACAGAUGCUUGCUUUUCAGGAUGCACUAAAUUCUGACCCUGUUCAAACAAAUGUUGAUUCUGUGCAUGUUCCACCCUUGAAAAUAGAACCAAGAUCUGAUCAAGUGCUUCCUUAUCAGGAGACUGAUAGCCCAGUUGGCCCUCCCAUAGUCGAGGAAAGCGAUGAAGCUCCCUCCACCCCAGUUAGCGAGCUCAUUAAUUUCAGGGGAUUAGGAAAAAUAGAUAAAGCUUUUGUUCCACUGCUGGAAGAAGUCUGUUUGUGGCAUCCUUCGUUGAUUAGCUGCCAAAGGAAAAGAAGUCGCAUGUUUAGUGAAUGGGCAUUCACAGCUUUGGGUCGACUUUUGCAUUUUCUGAACACUACAAAGGUUAAGGAUAUGAUGGAGGAUACAUGUGAACAUGAUCCAUGUGAGCAUCUUCAAGUUUUGUGGGAGGAGGUUGAGACCUUCAGAUUUGACUUGAGUUGGCUGGAGCCUUUUGUUCAAUCAGCUUUGGGAAUGAAGAAGUUUGGGGAGAAGGAAGGAGUGUUGAACAAACUCAGAGAGGAUGUUGAUGCUCUGGAGACUGAAAUGAAGAGGUUAAGGGAGAGGCUAUCUGUUGCUGAGGUAGAUCACGCGUUUGCAAUAAGAGACCUGGCAAAUGGAGAGGAAAGCUUUGGUGAGGCAAAUAUGAACAGCAAGCUCGGUUAUGGGAGGCAUUAGCCUCGCUGCAGAAUUCUUUCUUUGAUAUGCAGAGAUUUGCAUUGUGUGCAAUAUAUCUAAAGAUAUGUAAUUCAGUUUUCCAAAUGUAAAUCUAUGUAUCCCCCUGUGGCUUACGCUCGAUACAUGAGAAUAAUGGAGACUGGUUUAGCUUGUAAUCCAUAUUUGAAACCAUUGAACAGAUCACAAUUUCCAUUCUAGACCAAACUUCUCCUUCAAA